UCGUCGUCUCUGUUUAUGGUUAUGACUAUAAUAUUGACUCGAAUUUAAUAAAAUUUACGCUCAUAUGUUUUUAAAAUAACAAAGUGUUGUUUGCAAUUAGUUGUCUCAUGGUUGCUCUUCUAUAUAACAUAUAAUAGAAAAAUGGAGGACAAAAUAUUGCUAGAAGAAGUGUGUAUUCACACUUUACGAGAAAGAGUGUUUUUCGCAGCAAGAGAUGGAUUGUCUUUAACAUUAUAUGCUUUGUUAUAUGAAAAAAAUACUGAUGAAAUUGACGAUUUGCUGAAUAGGGAUAUAUGUUGGGAGGGUAUAAAGUGCACCCCGCUCAUAGCCGCCGCGCGACAUGGCCGUGAGGCCGCUGUCAGAAUGCUUCUAGAAAAGUUCAGGCCUCCUGUCCGAUUGGAGACGGAGGGCACUGUCAAGUUUGAUGAAUAUGUUAUUGAAGGUGCAACAGCUCUCUGGUGUGCAGCUGGUGCUGGCCACUUAGGCAUCGUUAAACGAUUAGUGCGUGCUGGAGCUAACGUCAAUCAUGCGACAAAGACACUGAGCACACCACUCCGAGCGGCCUGCUUCGACGGUCGACUGGACAUCGUUAAAUAUUUAGUACGACAUGGCGCUGAUAUACAUAAAGCGAAUAAAUAUAAUAAUACAUGCCUCAUGAUAGCAGCGUAUAAAGGACAUUUAGAUGUGGUUCAGUUCUUGUUGGACUCCGGUGCUAAAGUGGACGAGCGCGCGCUGUGUGGUGCGACUGCGCUCCACUUUGCGUCUGAAUGCGGACACGCGGCGGUUGUCUGUGCACUUAUAGAUCAUAAUGCUAAGAUCCUCACUAAUGAGAAUGGCAUGACCCCGCUGCAGUGCGCUGCUGAGCGAGCGCGUGCCUCAGUGGUGGAGCUGCUGGCGACGCGGCCGGAGGUGACGAGGGUACAGGCUAUUGAGGCUUACGAACUGUUGGGUGCAUCAUUUGCUAACGAUAAGGAGUACUAUUGUUUAAGGAUGGCGUACCAGUACCUGCACCGCGCGAUGGUGAUGCGGUACGACACUCGGUACGGGCUGCUGCUGAAGAAGCCCGCGGACCCGAUACCCGCUUACGACAACUGGAGGGAGAGCACCACUAUAGAGGACGUGGAAGGUCUGCACGGCAACGCGCACGCGCUGCACAUGGAGGGCCUGGCGGUGCGGGAGCGCGUGCUGGGGCGCGGCUGCCCCGACCUGCCGCAUCCUGUCGUCUUCCGCGGAGCAGUGUUCGCUGACGAGGCGCGCUUCGACCGCUGCCUGGCGCUCUGGAGGCACGCCCUGCAGCUGCGGCAUCACAACAAGGUAUCUAUAGUGAAGGAUCUGUUGAGGUUCGCGCAAGUCUUCUCGCAAAUGAUUCACAUCGGAAUUGAAUUGCCAUUAAAUCAGGUGUGUUUUGUAUUAGAAGCGUGCGCGGAAGAACUAAAGCGAGGUCAGAUGAGGAUCAAGAAGCCGCAGAUCAACUACGACCCCGAGGCCUUGAUAAGCUUGGCUCUCGCGUACUCGCUGCAGGAGGAGUAUGAGAGCAACGUGCGCACCGCGCUCUACCUCGUCGCCGUCGCUGCACGUCUGCUGGAGGACCCUGAACAUGAUGAGGAGUGCCGCAGCGCGGUGCGUCGUGCGAUCUUCAGUCUGCGGCGAGUGCGGCUGCAGUGCGGGCACACGCUGCUGCAUCUCGCCGCUGACCGCCGCACACCGGUCGACGACUUCCACACCAGCGACGUCUGUCAGUUCCCAUGCGCGCGUACAACGCGGUUGCUACUGGAGUGCGGCGCGGAGGUGGACGCGGCGGAUGAGGCGCGACGCACAGCUCUACAUAUAGCUCUUAUAUCAGUACCGGUAAUGCCUGCGGAGGAGCAGCAGCAGUGGGGCGAGGCGCACUGUGCGGUGGUGCGCGAACUUCUGGCUAAAGGCGCUCACGUGGACGCCGUAGAUGCUGACGGACUAACUCCCCUCCUCGCCGCUAUGGAAGGUCCAGCUGAGAGUCUAGUGCGGUCAGCUCUAAGGCCGAGGCUGUCGUGCCUGGCGGCGGCGGCGCUGGCGCAGCAUCGGCGUCAGUACAGACCCUCGCAAGUCCCGCGCGACCUUCACGACUUCCUCACCAUGCAUGGUGUCACACCAAUGAAGUAGCCCCCCGCCUCACACGCACACGUCAUGAGGUGCUUACACCUCAUACGAUCAUACCAUGAAGUGCGUUUUACCUCAGGAUCAUACCAUGAGGUACUUUAGACCUCAAAUGAGGAAUUCGAGAAGGCAAUUACGAUGUCAUUUUGCUGAUGGCAAAUGCGAUAUGACCUCAUUAUUAUUCUAAGUUGAAUAUCAUGUAAAAGACUUAUUAUGGAUUUAAGAACGCUUCCUCUUACACUCCUCUUGCCGAUUUCCGUAUAUCCUAUUCCUCUCUCACUCCCACACACAGAUCCGCUAUCUUCCUCUCUCUUUUCCUCCUCCAAGGUCAAAUCUUACUCAGAUAUAUUGAUUUUAUGACCAAAUUAAUUAUUGACGUUGCAUUGAAUUGUGAUUUUUUUU